AUGGCGUCUACAGACGUGAAAAAAGUGCUACAGCUGAAACAUCAGCUAAAAGAGUGCACCGAGGGAACCACGCUGCUAAAAACUUUAAAAAAGCUUCAAGAACUGGACAUUACCCUUGAUAUUCUGGCUGAGACUGGAAUUGGUAAAGUUGUGAACUCCUUUCGCAAGCAUGAUGAUGCCGGUGAAAUUGCUAAAUCGUUAGUACAUCAAUGGAAAAAACUGGUUCCGAAAGAUCCCUCAUGUGUGCAGCCUCACCCUCCCUCGCUAAAGGAACCAGCAAAGCCAGAAAGUGAACAAAUGAAUGAAGAAGAAGAGAGUCAGGCUUCAAAAAGGACCUCACCUGAACGGAAUAACAAACAUGAAGAUUUUGGUCCUGAAUACAAACCAUCAAGGGAUCUGGAUGCUAAAAGUAAAGUAAAACCAAGCACUAGCAAACUGAGAGACGGCACUGAUUCUGAAAAUAAGGAUAGUACAAAGAAAGACCCUGUGGACCUUGUGUUGCAGACUUCUAAGAACUCUGUCCAGUCAAUUGAAAAAUCAACCAGUUACCACCACUCUGAGCCUAAAGAAGGCAGACUUAAAAAAGUUUCUGAUAUAACAAAUAAGCAUAGAUCCAGUAUGUCCACAAAACGAAAACCUGACUCUAUAAAAGAAGAUUUCAUUCAGAGUCGAGAUGUAGGGAGAAAAGACAAUCAAGGGAAGAAAAGGAAAGAAAAGGACAUUGAAAAUGAUGACUUUGAAGUGCCAUCCAUGUCCUUUGAGGAAUACUUGAGUUAUGAUCUCGAGGCCCCCAAGCGAAAGAAGAAAUCAUGUAAUGCAAAGGACCUGAAAGGUCUCAAACCUGACCAAAACGAGUUCGUCAAACAGCAUUCCUCAAGCAGGAAGUCAAGCAGUCCUGUAACAGAAGCACUACCUACAUUGGCCCCAAAGCCAAAUGUGAUGGACCUACUGAAGGUUCCUUUGCCUACAAUUUUACCAGAGGAUGAGGAUUUUUCUCAGCAUCGGGAUUUCAUGGAUAAGAGAGUUGAAGAGAAGACCGCAGAUGUUUGUGAAGCCCCUGUGUUUACUGGUCAGCGGAUGAAUAAAAAGAUGCUGGUGUACUCUGGAAGUAAGACUGCGUAUCUUCCCACCAUGAUGACGCUGUAUCAGCAAUGCAUCCGGACCUUACAGAACAACAUUGAUUUGCUGUAUGAAAUUGGAGGUGUUCCAUUUGAAAUUUUGGAGCCUGUGCUGGAGCGCUGUACGCCAGAGCAGUUGCUGCGAAUCGAAGAGUGCAAUCCUGUAAGAGCGAGACGAAGACAGUGCAUUUACUGCUGUCCUGUUGCAAAGUUGCUUGCCAGUGUGAAGAGUAAUGAAAAUAAGGGAAGACCAUGUGUCAAUGAGCCUGCUAUGCCCUCCAGCACCAGCUCAGGAUCCAGCCAGCCUCAAGAACCCAAAAAGAUCAAAAGAGUGGCACCCAUGAUGGCCAAGUCUUUAAAAGCCUUUAAGAAGCAGCUUGGACGCAGAUAAACAGAUUUUUGAUGACCAAUUAUUACACACCAAUGUGAACAACUGUAAGCUACUUUCAUUUUGUUAUAAAGCCUUAGCAGACUGAAUCUGCAUUACUUUUCGUUUGGAUUAACUACAUAUUUUUUUAUAUAGA